ACGCCAGAAAAACGAUGAGCCUAAUGGAUGGUUAGCCCUUGUCGUGGCUCGAUGGUCCCCCUUGAAGCUGUCAAAUUUUUCUUUGCAUAAACGUGUAAAGCUGGACCCCCAGUCGUCCAUGGAACAUGGUGUAUAGCAGUCUACUGUAUCAAAGCCUCUUCAUUUUUAUAUUAGCCAACCAUACGCUAUGUGGCUACUAAAAUAAGAAAUUCACCAACUACGUACUCUCUAUGCUCAGACUUUCUCUGCAUAAAAGAAAUGUUGCAAAGCACAUUUUCGUUGAAUUUCAAGGCUUUCAUUUAUGUCCCCAUUUGACGCCUCCCUCAUUUACACCACCUGGGUUUUCUCUGUUCUCCACGUUCUCGCAUCUUUCUUGAGUCUACACUUGUCCCUUUCCAAAAUUUUCUUCUCUCUUCUCAAUAGUUAUCUGUUUCUUGCAUUUCGUUGGCUUUCAAGUUUCUUCAUAUGCUUGGGUCUUCAUAAUUUAUUUUGCAUGUUGUUUUGCAUUUGUUCAAGAUCUGAAACCUCCAUUUCAUGGAUCUCGUAAGAAAAAGCUCUCUUCCCCCAAUCACAAGUCCUAGUGGCAGCUCAAUCUUUGGUCCUCGUUCUCAUUCUUCAGACACAAGUUUCCCCAUUAUAGCCAUCGCCAUCAUAGGAAUUUUAGCCACAGCUUUCUUGCUAGUCAGCUAUUACAUCUUCGUUAUCAAAUGCUGCCUCAACUGGCACCGCAUCGAUCUUCUCAGGCGAUUCUCUCUAUCAAGAAACAGAAAUCGUGAUGACCCUUUAAUGGGCUACUAUCCUGCAAUAGAAACUCGUGGACUGGACGAGUCAGUGAUAAGGUCUAUCCCAAUAUUCAAGUUCAAGAAUAGAGACUUUGGAGAAAGAAGCUUCUGCGAAUGUGCAGUUUGCUUGAAUGAGUUUCAAGAAGAUGAGAAGCUGAGGAUAAUACCAAACUGUGGCCAUGUUUUCCACAUAGACUGUAUCGAUAUUUGGCUUCAAAAUAAUGCGAAUUGCCCACUUUGUAGAAACAGCAUUUCAACCAACACUACGAGAUUCCCAAUUGAUCACAUUAUAGCUCCAAGCUCUUCCCCACAAGAUCCAAAUCCUUACAGCGAAAGCGUGAUUGGUGGAGAUGAAGAUUAUGUUGUUAUUGAAUUGGGUAACCAUAAUUCUGCAGAUCAAACCUUGCUUGAAGCACAGGAAAGAUUGAUGAAUUCAGGAGAAUUAUCAGCACGUUCGGUUAGCCCUUCACCAAUUCCAAGGAGAAAACUAGAGCAGAGAGGAUCAGCUCUUCACAAGAAAGCAAGAAAAUUUAACAGGUUAAUCAGUAUGGGUGAUGAAUGUAUUGAUAUUAGAGGCAAAGAUGAUCAAUUUGAAAUCCAGCCCAUAAGGAGAUCUUUCUCCAUGGAUUCAUCAACAGAUCGGCAGCUGUAUUUAUCAAUUCAAGAGAUUGUUCAGCAGAGCAGGCAAGUAAUUAAUGAGUUGUCUCCUGUUGAAGGUUGUAGUAAUACUGGUAGACCAAGAAGGACGUUCUUUUCUUUUGGUCAUAACAGAGGAUCAUCAAGAAGUUCUGUCUUACCUGUUUAUUUGGAUCCGUAAAGCCAGAAAGUUUUAGAAUUUUUCUUUCUUUCUUUUAAAGAUAUAGUGAUUUUAGAUGUGUUCAUUGAAGGCAUAGGAUUUGUUAACAUAAAAAAUAUUCAAUUGAAAUCUCACAUUAAUUUUGAUUUUUGAUUCUUGGGUUUGUGCCAAAAAGGCUGGGCCAUUGCGUUCAUAACAGCUAUAUAUGAUUGUGAUCGUGAUGGCAGAAAACACCACUUUCUUGUGCUCCUUUCAAAUAAUUAAGUGGGGUUAGUGUAUGAUUCAUAUUUUUUUUAAAAAAAAAAUCUCUCUUUUUAUCCUUUCUUUGGUACAACAAUGGGAAAAAAAAGUAGUGAGAUGUCUCUUUCUAUUGAUUUAAGAGGUGAAGAGUGGGAAAAAUUAUGAAAAUAAAGAUGAAAAGAAAAAGGAAGAACGAAAGCUCCCCUUCCAGUGAUUUAGGAAUAGAGAAAGGUCCUAAUCAAACUAACGUAGUGAUGCCAAUAUCCACCAACUCAUUAUUGACAUUUAACAUUAUCAAUAAUGUUAAAUGUUGGUGAAGGAGGAAGGUGUAUUGUUUGUUCAUGGUUGGUAAUGGUUCCUGUGUUGUCCCAUUUCAGCAAACUGCUCUUCCAGGCUGUAGGAACUAAGAACAACCAUCUACUACAUAGAAAUUAGUUGAAGUUGUUGAAAACGAUGGAGGGUCCAACUCGGGGAUAAUGAAGAUGCAGCAGCUACUUCAAGACAAGCAUAUAAAAAAAAUUAUGAACAUGAUCUGAUAUGUUACUGGAGAUUUCAGAAAUAUGUGCAUAUGGUAAUAAUAAUAAUAUUGUAUAGAGCUAAGGGCCACACAUUGGUUCUGGAAUCUUGAUCUCUUAAUUUGAUAGAAUAACUAGUAACUAUAUUUACCCAUAUCUUUAGUUUAUUGUUUUGACUUUGAAUUAUCGUACGUGAUGAGCACAUGAGCAGAGAAACAGACACCUCCUUAGAAAAAUGUUACAAUAACAGUGUCUCUUUCUGAUGAAUCUAUGACGUAAAACCUUGCUAAGCCAUGUGCUUCUACGUAUAGCUAUGGGCAAUGACAUGGAUGAGGUCAUGUGGGAUACAUUGGGACCCCUUCUUCUCGAUAAAUCGAAUCACUUGCGUACUCUUCUUCUUCAA